ACGGAGCGGGCGGAACAGGAAGUAGAGCGGAAAGGGAGCCGAGGGCGGGGCGGAGCUGUGCUGAGGACGGGGUAGCUGCGCACCGAGUCGCUUCCUUACCUGGGGGCAGCAGCCGGGCCCGAGCGCCCCGGAGGGUUCGCCGUUCGCCGCCAUUAUUAUAAUAGCCACCAUGCCUCUCUUCGGCUCCAACCCCUUCGAGCAGGAUGUGGGUGAGUCCCGGCGGGUGGGAUCUGCCGCCCACCCCCCUCCGCCUGGGAAAACGGGGUCGCGAGGGGUCGCCGGGCUUCAGCAGGCAGCCCAAGUGCCCACGGGAAAGAGGGGCCGGGGCUCCGGGGCGCCGCGCCGAGGCAGCUGACCCCGGGGCGGGGCCGGGAGGGAGAAGGAAGGAAUGAACCCGGCGAUCCCUGUUUCCCGGGAGGUUCUCUUGGGCAAGAGGCCUGAUGACACAACCGACAGUUCCUGUUGGCCCCUGGGGACGACGUUGCAGCAACGCUUCCGGGGUGGGGGGUCCCCGCGUGGACCAAGGCCGAGGGGCGCGACCCUGGGCUCCCUCGUUCCUUUCCUCUCCACCCCACCCCCCAAUUGUUUUGGGUUACAAACACUAAAGGAAGCCGCUAGAGACCUUUCGGGAAGUUUUUGUUGCGUUGAGGCUGCGAUCUUGGGCAGGCAAAUAAGAUGGGCGUCUAGUGUUGGGGAUCGAUGCCGGGAUGGAAGCGGGCACCUCUUAAAUAUAAGAGGGGUUGGUGGUGGUUGAGGAUGUCCGCAGGCGCUCAAAGCUGCGGUGAAGUUAUUCCUCUUCCCUGCGUUAGAGUUGUUUGGUCCGUUUCUUAGAUACAUAGAGGAAUCACGUUCGUUUAUUCCCCAGAGCUGGUGCUCCUUCUAUUAAAUAUCUCGUUGGCUGUGAGCUACCUAGAGGAAUACAGUGGUACCUCGGGUUACAUACGCUUCAGGUUACAUACGCUUCAGGUUACAGACUCCGCUAACCCAGAAAUAGUGCUUCAGAUUAAGAACUUUGCUUCAGGAUGAGAACAGAAAUCGUGCUCCGGCGGUGCGGCAGCAGCAGGAGGCCCCAUUAGCUAAAGUGGUGCUUCAGGUUAAGAACAGUUUCAGGUUAAGUACGGACCUCCGGAACAAAUUAAGUCCUUAACCUGAGGUACCACUGUAAGGGCAAAAGUCCCCCCCCCCCCAUCACCCAUUGUUCUAGACGCAUUUUUGGGACUGGGAAUUUCAUGAGUGCCAGCAGUUUCUGAGCUUUGCACCUAAGAUUUCAGAUUAAAACUGUAGAGUGGAAGGAAAGGAGGACCUUUUUCUGCCUCCCCACUUCCAGCAACUCUCCGAAAACUGGAGAAGAGACCCUGUUAAGAAUAUUGGUGAGAUAGGCAGGAGAAGAUCUAAAAAUAACCAUAAUAUUUUAGCUGCAGUUCAUUCAUUUCCAGCUUUGUAGUCUUGUUACAAAAAAUCAUGCCUAGACGUUCUGUUGUUGCGCCCAUAACCCAGGUUUAAGGUGCCAUUUAGCUCCUAGCUUUCAUAUCUCCGUUUCUAACACUGUCCAUCGCCACCACCCUGGUGCAAGACUGGAACUGAGAACUAAUAGCUUGCUGAAAUUCUAAGACGAACAAGGGUUUUAACCUGGUGGGUAGUUCCAGCAGUUAAACUACUGGAUCGCUUUGUUCAUAUGCAUUCAGGCCAUAAUGGUGCUGGAGACAGAGAUAUGUGGCAGUUUCUCAUGCAGUUCCUUAUCCCAAUAUAUCAUAUUGACAUAACUGUUCAGAUAACUGGGAGUAGGGGACUGGGAAAAUAGGCAGGGAGUCUUGCAUGGCUGACCUUGGUUUGACAACCUAGACAUUGCAAGAACAGAUAUGCUUGUACCAAAACUUCUGGAAAUAUUGAGGCCAGGCUCCUUGCACUCAUUUACCUUCUGUGCAAAGGUACAGUUAAAUUAUUCAAAAACAGACUUCUAGAGAUUUAAUCUUAACCUUGUGCCUUCCUAUACUUUCACUGUACUGUCCCUCACUCUGUCAAAUAAAUGUGUUUUGGAUCUUAAAUAAAUAUUGUUAGUGGUCUUGGUAAUAAUUUGGAUGCCUUGGAAGGAACACUACACCUGGAGUUUAUUAGUCAACAGACCAUAUAUCAACAGACAUGACAGGGCACUUUUCUCCUCAUUUACAGUGACAUCUACUGUGGUCAGCUGCUUGCUUUUGUCAUUCCUGGUUGGUGGAUAUUUUGAAACCUGAGAACAGGCACCUUUUUUACAAGCUGUCUUGUGCUGUAAAAGUUGUGAAAUUAGUGGCAUUAACCUCUGUGUGUCUUUCAAACUUAGGCCUAAAGGGGGGGAAGCAUUGCUUCCCACAUUCUCUAGUAGUAUCUGCAAUGGGAUUUUAAAUUUUGUGUUUCUGAAACCACUAUUUCAACAAAAAUGUAUAAGGCAGGAAAAUAAUCUUGAAUCCUUUCUGUAGCUUCCCUGCACACGUAUGCGUGCACUGUACUGAAGUUUAUUGUUUUUGACAAUUAUUUUUUUAGAUCUAAGGGGUUCUUUAAAAAUCACAGAGGAAUUGGAUAUCUUAAUAGUCUAUUGUAGGUGGUAAUUCAGAUACUCUUAGAAAAUGUGGGAAAUACAUGGAUGACAGUGCUCUCUUCUGCUAGAGGUUCAGCUGUUGAGCUUCCUAGGAUAAGGCUAAUAUGUAGGGAGUUGAACGCAAGUGGACUUUGAUUUCUGGCACAAGCUCUUCUUCAGUCAACAUUAUUAAAAGCAUACACCAGUUAUAUCAAACAAAAAAGUUAAGUGAUUUGCUUGCUCUUCAUAAAACACCAUGAGAGUGGAAAAGAUAGUAAUGUACUGUAGUUGGGGGAAAGCAUUCUCUUAUGAUCCAUUCCUUUUCUGUUAUACGGAGAUUGCUUAUAUGCAUAUAAUAGAGCAAUCUGGAAACCUGCCAACCUUUCAUGUCAGAUGAUAGGACCCUGUUGGUUCCUAUGUCCUUACAGAAAAAUAUACAUGGUUCAACAACCUUUGCUUUAGGCUAAGCAGCUCUUUUUCAUGAAGGCUGAUUGCAUACACACUGAGUUGAUAAUAUAGGAUACCUGAAUUAAGUGGAGAAUGAAUUGGCAUUUCUAUUAUUGGAGACUAGAAUAUUUAAUUGAAUUAAUUACCAGAAACCAGCAAAUUUGCGAGAUCACUUAGUAGAAAUGUGAAUGCUUUAGAUAUGCUGAUCAUCUGGAUGUGUUUUGUUGAAACCUGCAGUCUUUUUUUUUUUUAAACUUGUUGCAAGCUAGUCAGGAGUGUAUGCUUUAGUAAUUGGUUCACAAUUAUUUCUUGUUUUGUCAUACAAUAAGACACCCUUUAUGUGUUGGCGGCUAUCUUUAUUUAGUAUUUGGAUCCAAGAAAAUAUAAGAUGAUUAAGUCACUAUAGCCCUCUGUUCUUUCUCCAAACCAAGUAGAUCCCUAUAAGUAUGCAUUGCCAUGCUAAUUUGCAUAGUAUCUUGCACAAGUUUAAUGUGGUUCUCCAUCUGGCAGGCAUGUUGUUGUUAAAAAAGGUAGUUACAACUUCAGUUAGUGCAAAGAAACAGGUGUCCGUGUGCAUAGCCCUAGCUUAGUGAGGUACCACACACAGAAAGGGAUGCUCCAUUGACAGUUGAUCUCCUUUUCUCUCUCCUUUACCCACUGAAUAGUUGAUCAUUGCAAAUAUGGCUUUAUGAGCACAGUCUUAACAGCUGAGUCAGGGGAAGGAACCGUGUACAGUACUUCCCACAAUUUCUGCUAGAGACAAGCACAAACAGGGAAGCAUUGGAAAUGGGAACAAAUGUGCAUGUAGCGUUUUACUCAAAUUACCGGUAGAACCUUUCUCAGUCAUACAUUUAUUUAAAGUGUGAUAGUUCCUAGUACAAGAUAAUUUUGUUAGCUUUCAGUGAGUUCCCCCCCCUUUUUUUUUACUGUAAAGUUGAUAUUUCUGUGAUUAUCCAUCUUAAUCGGGUAUGUUGAAGUUAAUGGAAGUACUAAUUGUUUGAUUUUACAAUGUUUGGGCCUUCCCCAACACAGCUACCCAUCAGGUCUCACUGUUAUCUGAGCUUCUGGUAGUUAUGGCACAGUUCACUUUUUCCUGAAUGCAUAAAUAGGGGGUAUGGUUUACUCCUCCAUCCUAAAAGAUUUACAGUACAUGUAGAAUGGAUAAGAAUUCUUUAUUCUUCUAGGAGUACCACCCCUAAUAUUUCUGCUUGAAUUAACUGUUCUUCAUGCACCUCCUGAUUGGAGCAAUGGUUGAGGCAGCAAAGCAAUUGGCAUUUCCUGUGUUACAUUUCUUAAUUGGGGAUGACUUGGAUGCAGAAGUAGGGCAGCAGGAACUGUAUCAGGAAGAGACAAGACCAGAGGGUUAAACAUUCCAAAAUAAAACAGUCAACCUACUUUUGUGGGUGGAUAUUUCAGGCACACAGGAGCCUUUGAUUUCCUGUGCCGUACAGCUUGGAACUUACUGCCUUAGCAUGAGAUUUGAAAAUUGGUGGAUAAAAAUCAAGGCAAAACAUGAAUACACUUAUUUCUGAAACUCAGAGUGUGUGUGUGUAAUAUUUUAUUAAAGCUUUUUCAUAAUACAAUAAGCUAAAAGAAACUAAUAUAAAUAAAUACAAAAACAGAGAAAGAGAAAAGAAAACAUAAAAGUCCUUUCUCAAAGGUAGCUUUUAACCCUUGUCACCCUCAGAAAGUGGUGGAGCCUCCCAACUCUGACCUGGGAACUUUUUCUUCGUCUCCCAGUCUGUCAUCCUGGGAGGUCUUCCCUUCCCUGCCUCUCACUCAGGGUCCUUCCACCAAUUCAGGGUCCUUUGUGCAUGUGAAAUCCUUAGACCCCAAUAACAGCCCGGAGCAGAGGACACCAAAGAAAAGAAAAAUAACCAAAGAGAAGUAAACUCAUUUUCAAACCAGCUUCUGAUGUUCUUUUAACAGAGGAACAACAGAGGAAGCUACUUUAUGAUGGAGUUAAACCAUUGGUCGGUCUAUCUCAGCAUGACUGGCAUCAGGUCUCCAGAGUCUCUGCUGAGGUUUAUGUCUAUCCCUACUUGGAGCUGCUGGGAAUUAAUCCAACCCAGGAUCUUUUGCAUGCAGUGCAGAUGCUCUACAACUGAACCAUAACCCUUUGAUUUAAUAGCCCUUCUUUGAUAGCAGGGGGCAGUGCAAAAUUAUGGAAUGGAUCGUUCUAUAUCAUUUCACAGCUGUUGACUAGGGAUAAGGAAGAUCUGGCUUUCUGGAUGUUGUUGGAUUCCAACUCCCAAUUAUCAGGAAUUAUGGAAGUUGCAGUGCAGCGGAGUUGGGAGGGCACCAUUCAUGCUGUUGGCAAUGGUUGGCAGUGCUAUGCUUUGAAGUUGCUCUAAAGGAGGAGUCUGUUAACAAAUGCACAGAUCAGAUCUUGUGAGUCUCUCAUACAUCGCUUGGACAGACGGCAGAAGAAAACAGUGCCCUUUCAAGAGAAUUUACAGUUUUCACAAGGGAAAUGCCUCAUUUAUUUGCCUAUGAUUUCCGAGCUCUAAACAAAGUUCUGUGAGCCAGUGCUGGUGCUUGUUCAAGCUUUGUUUUGUCUCUACUUCUUGCCCAAUAAAUGGGUUGAAUCCCGUUCAUGCUGUUGUGCAAGUGCUUUGGAGCCAGCAGGAGGUGUCCAUUAAAGGGAAGGGAGUGAUCUUUGCCAAUUUCCCCCAUCCUCCUGUAGUCCUGAACCCUCCAGAACAGAUUCUCAGGGAAGUUGAGAGCUGCAGGAGGUGGGUCGGGUCAUCUUCCAGCUUCUACUCCAGCUCCACAAACAGAGAAUUAACUCUCUGUUAAUUCUUCCCUAAGAUGCAAAGCAGUUAUUUGAUUUGUAAAUACAUUUAAGAAGUUUUAAGUUGUUGCCUUAAAGGCAGCAACAUUACUUGCUGUAAGCCAAUUCUGUUGUAAUCUCUUCUCCAUUAUAUUAUGAAAGAACUGAGAAUUUUAAAAACUAAAUACUUGUGCUGCAAACUGCUUUUUGGACAUACCCAUCCUACAGUUUGGUUGAAAAAAAUAUGAAUAACAGAUACAUUAGACUUGUACCCACCUCUAAAGAGUUAAUGUACAAAAUUUCAUAUGUUUACACUUGGGUAAAGCAGGUAUGAAGGAUAUGCCUUUUCAGACUAAACAGAUCACAUAAAAUGAUAACCUUGUAACUGCAGUUCUGUGGGGAGGUUUUUUCCAUCGCACUGAGAAAUGUGUGUCUCCUUAUGGUGGGAACGAAAAAACUGCUUCUGAAGUUUACAGCUUUGGGAGCAUAUACAGAAUAAAAAGCAGUUGUUUUGCUAGUGGCAGUUCUAACAGAGAGUAUAUGUGUUUGAAAAGGUGUUGCUUCUCAAAGCACUAUUUUUCUUUAUAGAAAAAGCCACAAAUGAGUACAACACAGCUGAAGACUGGGGAGUUAUUAUGGAUAUAUGUGACAAAGUUGGAAGCACUCCUAAUGGGUAAGACACUUCGUCCUGUCUGCCAGCUCUCGCUGAAUGUCAUUUUAUGUUUCUGCUGAGUAAUCUGUGUUUCCUGUGCCCAGAUCUGAUAGGUAGCUCUAUUCAUUCCAGUCAAUUCAGGCUGGUAUACACAGUAAUGUGCUUAUGUUAAAACUCAUCUUGUAUAAAAAAUCAGAUCCAUUUAAGAUGCAAAGGGAAAAUGCAACUAGGUCACUUGAGAAACUGUCCAGGUUGUUAAGUAAAUUCUCUUUCUGUUGUGAAGUAGCAGAAUUUUUUUAACCUAGAGUUUCCAGUAAAUGCCAGUGUUGUUUAGAUGAACUUUUUCCCCCCUUGUAAUUGUCUUCCAGAACUCUUGGACUCUUGGUUCUCAUUCUUUUUGGCAGCUUUUAUUUUUAUCUUUUUUUACCAAAAAUGCAUGCAAGAUAUAUUUGCUUGCUUUCAGACUAAAUUGUAAGAAGAAGAAAAAUGUGUGCUUGGAUGUGACUGUGCUUUAUUCAAGCUUUGAAAGCAUUUGGUGCCUAUUCUGUUUGAAUAGGUUGGUAUAAAAAUGUAUACCAAAUUGUGUUUAAUGAUAUUGCUUUGUUUUUUUUAGCAGUCCACCUUCUGGUGGCAAAUAGCACUGCCUAACUUAAAACUACAAUUUUGCAAGUGCUAAAAAGCAGCCAAAAGACAGAGGAGAGAUGAGGCCUUUUCAGACCUUCAAAUUCUGUAUUGGAUCAGCAUGUGAAAGGGCAGCAGAGAUGCAUCUCCUGAUUGACAGUAUGUGUGCAGCCUUUUCAGGGUUCCCAGUCUUGCGGAGAAAACCUUUAGUAUGUAGGCUGUCUGAACACAGAUCCUAUCAAUGUGUGGAAGAAGGGGGUAAUUAAUAGGUGUGAUCCAGCUUCCCAUCCACACAUUGACUCUAUGCAGAAUUUGAAGGUCUGGGAAAAAGGCUGUUGGAGCUUCCCUUUGCAACAUGAAUGGUAGGAUUGUGUCCCAAAACUUUGGUUUUCAGUGUCUUUUUCCUUCCAAUAUUUCCUGUCUCCUUUUCAGUUAAGUCAAGUGUGGGCAAUCUUGUUGAUAUUCCUUUGGAGAAGGUAGUCGGUGUGUGUGUGUGUGAUCAGAGUGCACCCCUUUCUCAAACGAGCGUACACCCACCAUCACCGUCCAUUCACACAAACACACACUCCGUCCUCUCCCUCUUCUCUCUCGCAUACACACGACCUGGAGAGAUCUGUGCCACUGUUUUCCACAUAUUUCGUGUUGCAGGCUCACCCCGUUAGUGCCAGAGAAAGAGGUUUGAGCAGGCAAGCAGAGCCUGCCUGAUGGCCCUUCUCUUUCUCCACUCCAUGGUCUGCUCUGUGAGAGUGGGCAGGGAGCCACCAGUCUUGAGAAGAACAGAGUUGAGUGAAGGGAGUGGGAAGAUGCUGGCUCUUCCGCCUUCAACUCUGCUCUUUUUAAGGCUGGCAACCCUCAUCCUGUCAGCUCUUCGUGUUUUCAGUACAACUAAGAGAUAAAACCCUGGAUUCCACGAAGUAAUGGGAUGUCUUCCCCGUUGCCCAGAGCAACCAAAAGUCACUCCAGGUGUCAGAAGAAGGGGAUGGUCAGAGGAGGUGCCCAACUUUGGGGGGCAGUGACAGGAAGAUGGGGGGGGGGAAUAGGCUUGCAGAUUGCCAGCAUGCGAAUUAAGUGAUUGAAAUAAGAGUCUGAGAAAUGAUAUUGUUUUAUCUAGAGCAAAAGAUUGCCUCAAAGCCAUUUUGAAGAGAGUAAAUCACAAGGUACCCCAUGUUGCUCUGCAGGCACUAACUGUAAGUAUAAUACAUAACUUAUUUUAUGAAAAGGGUUAAAACAGUUCUUUUUAAUCAUAAGGCAAUACUAGAUGAUUGCUUUUGAAUUCUAUUUAAUAUCUGUAGAUGAUGUAGUAAAUCUUUGUUAUGGCCAAUACCUUCGUCACUGCUUACACCUUGUAUUUUAUGUGGUUAUUUUCAUCUACUAAUUUUUGCCUUCAAUUUCACUUGUUAGCUAUUGGGAGCCUGUGUUUCAAACUGUGGAAAGAUUUUUCACUUAGAAAUCUGCUCUCGCGACUUUGCCAGUGAAGUACGAGUUAUUAUAAACAAGGUAAGGUUCUAAUAUGCUCCAUAUUUAAUGAAAGCCAAUGGGGAGAAAUUCAUUGUUAUGGUGUCUAUGCAUCUGUCCAAUACACUGCUGAUAUUUAACUUAGGUUGCAGAAAGGGACAAAUUAAACAGAAUUGAUAGGGCAGAGAGAUGAGUGGAAGAGACUAAACCAUGAAAUGAUUUUCCACAGCAGUAUUCCAUUAUGGACUGCAAUGAAGAAAACGUAACAUGCAGUAUCUGAAUUGACAACUGUCAUGCAGGAAUGACAGACCAUGAGAAAUCAGGUAGAUCUUAACCCUGCACAGUAGUAGAGCCGGAAGAGCAAAAUAUUUGCACGUAAGCACAUAAUAAACCCGAAUGGUAUUUAUAACCAGUAGGAGCCAGCGGGGGCGUGUUGCUCACCCGUCUUCUGAAUACAGUGUGUUGCUUGCUGCAGCGGGGAGCUCAACACAGUGCAGGCCCCGUGCGAAUACAGUGUUGGGCCUGUUGGACUGGCUCUGCUGUGGCAUCUGAGCCACCCUACCUCUGCCAUGUCCCAUUCCCUCUCAGUAAGCAGCAGCACCAUGCCCCGUUUGGAAGAUGGGGAGCAACAGAUCACACACACACACCCCAGUUCUACAUUCUGCUAUUGCGUAUGUGAACAUGUUUUGGACAUAUUAUCAGUUCUGCAUUGACCCCUAGAUUUUAGUACAAGGCAAUUUAAACAUAGGCCAUGAUCCAAAGAGCUAGUUUAGCCAUGUUCAAGGACCUGGUCGUGCCUAAUGGCAUUUCUUUCCUUCGGGGGGCCUUUCCCCACCUUAAGCAGUAGACCCUUACACCAUUUCACAAUUCCUUUUUUUAAAAACUCCCUUCGGUUUCAGAAGAGGUGUGGCGCAAGCCCCAAAUACCCCCAGGCCUUCAGAGCUAAUUUGGGUGGUUCUUUGGAUCCUAGCCACAACACUUUAAAAAUCAAAAUUUGCCUUGUAGAUUGUGCUGUAAAACCGGGCUUGUUUGUGUCUUUUUAGGGUCAUCCUAAAGUAUGUGAAAAGUUAAAAGCUUUAAUGGUUGAAUGGUCAGAAGAAUUUCAGAAAGACCCACAGUUCAGUCUAAUAUCAGCAACUAUUAAAUCUCUUAAGGAAGAAGGGGUUACAUUUCCUACCUCUGCAUCACAGGUAAGAGGCUAGAGUUAUAUUUGUUGCGGCAUGCUUACAAUUUUGCAGAUACGUGAGGACAUUUUAAGUAAAACGCAGAAUAUUUUGACAUGCUUGAUUUUCAGUAAAUGCCUGGCUUUCAUAACGAGACAGAAUUUUACCCUGCAUCUGAAUAAACUAUUAUCAAAUGUAUAUUUCAUCCUUUUAAAAAGAUUUUUAUUUCCUGGCUAGUUUACAAAUAUCUAAAUAUACUCCGUUAUUUAAGAAAUGCUAUUAAAACAACAUAAUUUUAUACUAUGAUCCUUAUGGCCAAGAUGGAAAACUGUAGCAUAGCUAAACCCAUGACCCCGAUGAAUGCAGAUGCAUAUAGUGGGAAUUUUAAAACCAAGCCCCACUGACUGCUGUUUAUUGUAUAUAGCCUUAGCAAUCUGCUAAUGAAUUCCAAACCUCAACAAAAAGAAGGGGUGAGUGUGUUGUGGUAGUGCUAUGAAAAAUCAGCAUGUGUGACAAACUAUUUGCCAUACAGAGCAAAAGAAACAGGAGGAGGACAUCAGCUGGUGCUAGAAAGCAAUGUAUGUUGAAGAAAUACUCUGGUCUAAUGCAUUUUUUGGAGGGAAACUUUUCAAGGUUUGCUCUGCUUACUCAGUUACCAACUUGGGUCACUCUGGAGGCAGCGAGCAAAGGUGCUUAGAGUGUGGGGAAUCGUGGAUCAGUAUUACUUGUGACAGGGCUAACCUGCAUGUAUUGUGAUGCUAGUACCAAAUACUGACUCUACCUUACAAGGUUUUUGUAAGAAUUGCUGAGAUAAUGUAGAUGAAGCGCUUUGAACUAGUGAAGUACGUUAUAGAAAUGCUACGCGUUGCUACCCUCUCUUAUCACUGCUUCUGCUCCCACACAUUCCCUCUUUCUUAGCAAAUCAUAGGUUUCAGUUGUUUCUAUCCUGGACAAACUGUGGUUUGCCUCAAAAUAGGGAGCCAAGGACCAAAUUGAUGUGUGCAAUAAAUAAAUAAAUAAAUUUAUACAUACAUACUCUGGGCAGCUCCCAACCAAAUAUUAAAAACACAGUACAGCCUUAAACAUUGAAAACAUCCCUAAACAGGGCUGCCUUCAGAUGUCUUUUAAAAGUAAGAUAGUUGCUUGUUGCCUUGAUAUCUGACGGGAGGGCAUUCCACAGGGCAGGUGCCACUACCAAGAAGGCCCUCUGCCUGGUUCCCUGUAACCUCACUUCUUGCAGUGAGGGAACCGCCAGAAGGCCCUCGGCGUUGGACCUCAGUGUCCGGGCACAACGAUGGGGGUGGAGACGCUCCUUCAGGUACUAGCAAGCACAUGAGUCCAAACUCAUUCACAUAAUACUUAGCCUUAGGUGUAACUCUCUUGAGGCUUGAGUUAGCAUUUUGUCUAGAGACAGUAUAUACCAUUACCUUGUGACUGAAAUGCUGGAAGUUGAGAUGACACUGAAGAGUUCCUAUCCAAAAUCUGUGUUCCUAGCACCUCUUGAGAUUCCAGUCCUUUCUUGUUUUAAACAAGUUUUAAAAAUGCUUACCACAAGGCAGCUACAUCAGUAUCACUGCUGUUUUUAAAGUACAAGCAAAUAUAGAACUUUUACACUUGGUGUAGUAUAUUAAUAUUGCCAGUACAUUUACAGAGUCCCUCAGCUGUUGCCAAGAAUGGUGCAUCAUCAAGCAAAAACAAAGAGGAUGAAGAUAUAGCUAAAGGUAAAGUAUUAGUCACCAUGUAUCUUGAGCAAUAUAACAUUUAAAGUGUUUCUAAGCUUAUGCUUGGAGAUGUGUUUUGAUGCCUAAAAUGCACAACAUGUUCCAUUUAAAGAAGACUGAACAAUGAGGUGGAAAUGGGUUAGGAAAUGGAAGACAAAGAGAGGAGUGAGCAGUUAUUUUCAUUAUAAAAGGCAUUUCUUUGUUUUCCAAACCAUAGCUAUUGAAUUAUCUUUGCAAGAGCAAAAACAACAAACAGAAACAAAACCUUUAUACCCACCUGUAGAAGUUCACCCAAGCAAUCAGAAAAUUUCAAGAAAGGUGCGCGCCUUAUAUGACUUUGAAGCUGUCGAGGACAAUGAACUCACCUUUAAGAGUGGAGAUAUUAUUGUUGUUUUGGACGACAGGUAUGUUAUACUUUGAGACCUCUAUCUGUAGAGAGGGCUGCUGAACUAAAGUUAUUUACUGUUUAGGGAAGUUUUUUAAUGACUGGUGUUUUAAUGUGUUAUUAAUCUCCUGUUGGAAGCCGCCCAGAGUGGCUGGGGAGACCCAGCCAGAUGGGUGGGGUAUAAGUAAUUUAUUAUUAUUAUUAUUAUUAUUAUUAUUAUUAUUAUUGCUACUACUACUCUGUAUGGGUUGUAGCCAACAAAGUUCUACUCAGAGUAGAUCCAUUGACAUCAAUGAACCUAAAUUUGUCAUGCCCAUUCAUUUCACUGGAUCUACUCUGAAUAUGACUUAACAUUGGAUACCACCAUGUAUGCCAUACUACUGCAUGCUCAUUAUGCUUUGAACCCCUGUGAUCAUUGUAAAACUUCCUUGGACACCCAAAAACCAUUUAGAUAAAUUCUUAAAUCUUUGUGGAGGGUUUCUUCUCAAAAUACAAGGGGGUUCUGUGCUUGAUCAGAAUUUUCAUGUGUGUGUAAGCCACAAGGAACCCUUUGCGGCAAGAUUAGCUUACAUUCAUCUUUUCAUCUCUAAACUCUACAACUCUACUUAGCCCUGCUUCCCAGGCAAAGGGUGUCAUCCAUUGGCAUCUGUGUUCUGGGGAGCCCCAAUCAUCUGGCCCAGAUGUGGGGGGAGUGCAGGUAGUGGGAGAAGAGGGGCAGGUCCUGUUGUAAGAGAGGAAAUUUGCCCAGGUGAAUUUCAUCAGUAGGAUUGUUCUUCAAUUGCAGGAACACACUCUUAAGCCAAACCAAAGCACCAGGCUGCAGUAUUGGUUUGGGUAGAAGUUCUGUUGAAAUUAAUACAACUUUGAAAUAGAAAUGUUCUGGAUUAUGAUAUGGACUGAUACUGUAGCUGUCCCAGCUUUUGAAUCGUGGAGCCAUUUCUUUAUUGCCACCACCAGAAGUGUUCUUUAGGAACUGUUGUUGUUGUUUUUUUAAAAAGUGAGGUGCUUCCAGAGGUUUACUGAUUUAAAAGCGCUUCACUCAAGUCUUGCGGCGGAAAGCAUGGUGACUUUCAUGAGCCUUAGACUUGUGUGAUGUCCCCUCCCCUUUCUUUCUGUGUGGCUGCGAGAAAGAGUUUUCACCUGCCAUUUUCAACUAACUGGUUUAUAGUUGUGUCUGAACCUCAGAUUGUGAUUAAUCUUUAUGGUGGGUUAUUUAUUUAUUUGUGCCCUGCUUACAUGCCUCAAUGGCUUUUGAGCAGUUUACAGCUAUAAAAUCAAUUAUGAAAUGCCCAUGCAUAAUUAAAACACACAAUGAAACAAUUCCUUCAAAGCAUUUAAAACAUACAUCAAAAUAAGCAGUUUAAAAGUGCAAUUAAAGCAAUUAGAUCAGGAAGUUCAAGUUCAGAGGAAUGCUUGUCUAAUGAGGUGUGUCUUCAAGACCUGGUGCAAUGCCAGUACUGGCAAAAUUGGCUGGGUUCAAUUUGCUGUUCUUAAUGCCCUAAUCCUAAUGCCCUUAAUUGGGCAGAGGAGCAGAAGAUGGUUUGUUGGGCAACAUGCUCCAGUAUUCUUAGGGACUUUUAAAUAUUAAUAAUGUAAUUGUUGUUGUUGUUGUUGUUAUUUAUUAUGCCCUGCCCAUCUGACUGGGUUGCCCCAGCUGCUCUGGGCAGCUUCCAACAAAAAUACAGAGGCAAACAGUGUUUGUCCUCAGACAGCUUCCGGGUCAUGUGGCCAGCAUGCCUAAGCCGCUUCUGGCGAACCGGAACAGCGCACGGAAACACUGUUUACCUUCCUGCCGGAGCGGUACCUACUUUUCUACUUGCACUUGAUGUGCUUUUGAACUGCUAGGUUGGCAGGAGCUGGGACCGAGCAAUGGGAGCUCACCCCGUCACAGGGAUUCGAACCGCCGACCUUCUGAUCGGCAAGCCCUAGGCUCUGUAACACAUGUAACACAGCUAUAGUUACAUGCUAAUCCAUAAACCUGAAUGCAUAGUAAGGAUUGUAUAUUAAAUGACUCAACUGAAUUUGUUUCAUUCAUUCAUUGUUUCAUUUGUUUCAACCUCUGAGGUUUUGGAGAACACUUGUGAGACUGAAACAUCAGAGAAAAUAGUAAGACGGUGUCAAAAACACACACAGAGAACAAAUAUUUAGGCUUUUGCUUCUACGGUUUUUUUUAGGAGGGUUUUUUUCAAGCGUAUUCUUGUGUCAGUUUGGUACCUUGUAGCAGAUGCUGGGCAUUUAGCAAAUCUGUCCCUACAGUGCUUUGCUUGUCUUGCAGAGCAAGCGGUUGUGGUUUGUUUCUGUGGCUUUUCUUUAAUGGACCUAUGAAUGGCAGAAGGCAAGUUAUAGAAAGUAUUCGCUUGUAAAUUAAGAGCCUAUGCUAGGGAUUUGUAGGGAAACAGGUGAGGGACAGUAUAUUGCAGUUGUCUGUUUUGUGUAAUAAAAUGUAAAUCUUUAUUGCUCAGUGAUGCCAAUUGGUGGAAAGGAGAAAAUCACAGAGGAAUAGGAUUGUUUCCAUCUAAUUUUGUGACCUCUAACUUAAACGAUGAGCCUGAGUCAGGUAAGACGAAUAAAAAAAGGUGGUAUUGAAAGCACUUUAAAAGUCACACAUAAAGUAUUAUCCCAAUUUGAUGUAGGAACAUACCAUGAAAUUUAAUGACUUGUCCAAAGUCACUAAGUACCCUGGGAAUUGGCUCUAAUCCUCUUGACUCACAAUGCCUAAUUGUGCUCUGAUUGCUAAAUCGUUUUUAUCCUAUGCAAUAUGACAGAAGAUCUUGCAUUUUUAUGAGCAGUAACUUCCCAUAUGUCUUGUCAGUGGCAUUAUUAUUUCAAGACAAGACUAUUUCACUUGCUGUGAAGCCACAGAUGGAGGCGGGAUGAAAAUGUGAGAAUAGAUGGUUCUCAACGCUCUGUUGCAACCUAAUCAAAAAGUUUGGUGUUGCCAAACGAAAACAUUGAACUAUCACAAGUCAAACUGCUAAAAGUCAUGAUAUGAAAUGACUUUUAAUUUGCCAUCUGGGUUUUGAGCUCAGUGCAUUUGUGUUUUAAAAUAAGUGUCGUACACCACAAGAGCAGAAUUUAAAACUUAUUUUUCCGUGUGUGAAGAGUUGCUGCAUGUAGGAAAACUUAAGCAGAGAUUUCUAUCCCAGCCUGUAACUGUAUUGAACUUGGAUUUGUUUUUAUAGGCAUUUUUAUUGUUGGGUGUUUUUGGUUUUAAUUUGCUUCAGGCUGUUUUAUUGGGAAGUGAUUCAGAAACACAAACAAACAAACUGCUUGGAAAACAUUUUAGAUUGAGAAACUUAUGCUAUCAUGUUCUCUUAGCUGCAACUGUGGAGAAAAGUUCUUCUGCUGAAGACACAACAGAGGAAGUUACAAAAGCUGAGCCAGAGCCCGUUUACAUAGAUGAGGUGUGUGGUUGCUUUCAACUAGUACAAAGUCUCAUUAGAUACUACUUCCUUGAAAAAGCUAUUGAAUUUUGACUGAGUUUGGGGACUUGCACUCCUACGGGUUCUAGUGAUGUUUUUCUUCGUCUUUCAGAGUAAGAUGGAUAAGGCAUUACAGUUACUCCAGAGCAUAGAUCCAUCGGACCCUAAACCUGAUUCUCCUGAUCUCCUGGAUUUAGAAGGUAUUUUUGAUUGCUGAUAAAUGUGCUAGAAGUCCUAUUCCAGAAUCCAUUGUCCUUUGUUCAAUAAGCUAAGUGGGAGUCCGGGAGAAAGGUGGGAGGUGAGACUCCCCUAUCACUGCAUAUCAGCCCCAUUUAUAUCGCUUGCAGUCUCCUCAGCUAUGAACAUUUAACUGAACAAAUAUCAAUAUUUGUAUAUUCUCAGAUAUCUGCCAACAGAUGGGUCCCAUGAUAGAUGAAAAACUAGAGGAAAUUGAUAGGUAAGACAAUUGAGCAAUACGUGUGAGUAAAAUGGGAAUGUAUUCUUAAGCAGCACAUAGAAGACUUAAGACUGUCAUGUUUUCUCUAUAGACCUCUUUCAACUUAUCCAGGCUUGUUUAGAAGCUUGAAACAAGACAUUAGCUUUGUUGUACUUAGGCCAUGCACAAGCAAAGAAGAGGACAAUUCAGGCUGCAAAUAGGUUUGGAAUGUGGGACUCUUUGUGGACUUACUAGAACCCACCUGUAAGAUGGUGUAAGUCUACUCAUCUUAAUUUGUUUCUGCAUUCCCAGUAGGUGACCACUUCCUGCAAUUUGUUUGAGUGUUGAAUGAAGGCAUAAUGGGGGAGGGAUAUUAACUAUGGGGGUAGUGCUAUCAGUAGAACAAACCAAGUGGAUUUUGGUCUCUUGGAAACAGAUGUAAAUCCCAAUUAUUUUCAGCUUCUCUCUCCCACCCCUCACCCCCUAAUGUUGUUUGGAUAACUUAUAAACUUAGCUGUUGAAAUUUAGAAAUCCCGUAGAUUUAACAGUCAUGUCUCCUGCCAUAGCCUUCAACUAUAUUGUCCCCUCUUGAUGGAGAAGUAUUGUGGGGGUGUAUUGCUAAGUUAUUACUUAAACGGUUCUGGGAAUUGCUUGUGUAAAACUGCUAGCUAACUUUAGGAAGCUCAUGUAUCCUGUAGAGCAGUCUUUGCCAACACAGGAACCUCUCAAUACUUUGGACUAAAGGUCCUAUCAUCCUCAAUCCAUCAUGGGCAGUGGUUGGCAAUGGUAUGAGUUGUGGUCUACAACAUCUGAAGGCACUCGGUUGAAGAAGGCUGCAUGAUAACUAUGGGAACUGAGCAAAGGGUUGGAUAUGCUGCAGGGAAGCAUGAUGUAGAGACUCCUCCUCAGACUUGGUAUUGAGAAGCAAACACCUUCUUUCCAAGUCACUUCUUAACCUCACAGGCUUUUAAUUUCUAGCAGGCUGCACAUUAAUGUCUAGCACAUGGACAAGUGCAUAACUUGACUUAACACUCUUUUUGAACUAGGAAGCACUCGGAAUUGUCUGAACUAAAUGUUAAAGCCUUGGAAGCUUUGGAGCUCUACAACAAACUGAUGAACGAAGCGCCUAUGUAUUCUACAUACUCGAAGAUGCAUUCAUCUGCACCCUAUCCACCCACGUCCGCUGGUGUUCCAGUGCAGGUCAGUGUCCCUGUCUAGCAAGGAUUCUUUUAAGAACAGUUGCUGCAAUGUGAGCGAGGGCCACUGCUCCAUUAACAACUUAAGAUUUUAAGGUUUCUGAAUCCUGCUGCAUUACAUGUCAACGUACACACAGGCGAAACAGCAUUGAUAACUACUAUUUAUUUCUCCCACAGCUAUUUCUUUCUUUUUUUAACCCAUACCACAUAGUUAACAGAUUUCGGAGAAUGCUUUAAUUGUAAAUUUCUUGUAGGCUUGGAUCCAAAGAGGGGAGCAGGUUCUGUGUUUCUCCCCCUGAAUCCUAACUCCGCUUUCCUGAGAAUAAGCUCCAUUGAAUUCAUUUGGACUUAUUUCUGAGUAGGCAUGGUUAAGAUUGUGUUGUAUGACUGUAUUUGCAAAAUAAUUGUUUUUACACCACCUCCUUCCUGGGGGAGCUACAGUUGGGUGGGUGGGGGUGUUGCGAAAUAAGAUCCAAGCCAGUAAGUUUUCCAAGUUAAACAUGUUUUCAUUGUAGCUUUGCAAAUCAGGUGGAUAGAUUUACUUGUUCAAGCUUUACACUGAUGAUAAGUCUAGUUAAAAGGCUUGUGGACUAGCUGAUAGAGGGACUUAGGGAUUAGGCAUACUGCAGUACAAAAUUUUGGGUGUUACACCAGUAUUGGUUGACACCAAAUAGUAAGUAAAAUAAUAAGUAAAAUAAAAGAGAUCUGUUGGUGCACAUGUUUUGAGUUGUAGUGUUGAGAUUUUUGACAAUGAAGUGUAUCUUGGAAGGACAAAAGCAGUGUUGUCCAGUAAAGUAUUGAUUUCUCUUGCUUGUUCCUUUGGGCUACAAGUUCUCUGUGUGCUGAAUUAAAUAACUUGAAAAUUCACUCCAAACACUCACGUUUGCUUUAAUAAACUUAAGGGAGUGGGGAGAGGGAAAUGUGCAGGCAAUAAUUAAGUGCAAAAAAGGGGGGGAGUGGCUGCAUAUAUUAGGUGGAUUUUACAUAAUCAGUGUGGAAAGAAUAGUUACUAUGGUAACUGCCACAUCAAAGAUGAUGCAUUUAGCUAUUAUGUAUUGCAGUGAACAUUUUUAAAAUGAUAGAAGAUUGAUUAUAUUGGGGGGUGUAAAGGAAAUUAUGAGUAUUAGACAUCUUAAAUUCUAAUAUUCCUGUCAUUUGAAAAUAAUGCUGCUUCCUGAUGAGGAUUAAAAACCAGUGAUAGCUAUAGUUAAGGGGCCAACAGUCAUACUAAGAGCAGCCCCACUGAAAUCGUUGGAUAAGUCAAUUUAUUUCAGUGGGUUCAGUCUGAGUGUGGUUUAGAUGGUUAUCACCUUAAGGUCCUAGUAGAAUAUGGCUUUUGUUGGAACAAGACCUGAAUAUUUUAUUCGUUAGACUUUUUUCCUACUCUUCUUCCAAGGAGCUUGGAACAGCAACCAUGGUUUUCUUCCCACCUACUCUAUCCUCAUAGUAACCUUGUGAGGCAGAUUAAUUUGGGGAAAAUGAUUGCCUAAGGCAGGCAUAGGCAAACUCCGACCCUCCAGAUGUUUGGGACUACAAUUCCCAUCAUUCCUGAUCAAUGGUCUUGUUAUCUAGGGAUGAUGGGAAUUGUAGUCCUAAGCAUCUGGAGGGCCAGAGUUUGCCGUUACCUGGCAAAUUUUGUGACCGAGUGAGGAUUUAAGCCUGUGUAUAACCACCACAUCGUGAUAGAAGCUUAGAGGAAGCUGCUUGAACCAUGAUGGUGCAAUAAUGACCUUGAUGCUGUGCUAUAAAAUACCUACUCUUUCUUUUUAUUCCCUCAAGGAACAAUUCCUGCGAGUUUUAAAAACCACAGCUUUAGUGCAGUGCUUUUGCCACAUACAAAACUGGCCAUAGCUUUUGUGUGUGUGCUACCCCCUCUUGUUUUUUUAGCUGUGCAAUUCAGACUCGUAAUGUUGUUCUGUUUCCAUUGCAGUCCUAUCCCAUGCACCCUCACAGUGGGAACUAUGUGGUCCAUGGUGUUCCUCAAGGCUACAAUCCAGGAAGUGAUCAGAUUGGUCCACUGAGGUCCUUGCCACCAACUAUAAAUUCUUCAGUAACUUCUCAACCUGGUCAGGCAGCUUAUUUAAGGUAUUCAAUCAACAAAGCUGUAUUGAAGACGUCUUGCAAAUGGCGUAAUCUUUCUAGGGUUGCCGUUUGUUUUGCGUGUUGACAAUAUGUCUUUUUUCCUUUUCUUUUGGUAUUUCAGCACCGGUCUAGAAUCCACUGCUGCUUACAUGAACCAGAAUUCUUGCCUUCCGCCUCCUAAUACAGUCCCUUAUGCCCAACAAAUGGGUAUGCCUAUGGAUAUGUUCACAUACCAGAACAAUGCAUCCAGUUUGCCUCAAGGAACAUGCUAUCCAGCAGUUCCAGCUCAUUCCCUUACACAGCAGCGAACAAAUUACCAUCAACAGCCUCUCCUGUGAAAAUGCAGUCUGUUCCUGAAAACAGUUUUGGAUGUUGCUGACCCUUGUCAUUUAAAUUGUCCCUCCAUUGAUUUAAAAGGAUGCUUCUGCUCAAGGGAAAAGACAGCCAAGCAAUUUCAAAGUUAAAAAAGUUAAUUCAAGUUUAACACACUUUUUUUCUUCUUGCAAAGCUGUUUAAAUAAGGGGAGCUGCUAAUGUGUUAAAAGGCCUUCAACACCCUGCCUUGCAUAGUGGUCUAUCAGCUGUACUCCCUAUUUAUAAUGAAGCCUCUCUAGAGUAACUUUUCCUUGUGCUACGUUUCAUAAGAAAAAGCUUGAAAGCAAGUUUAUAUGUGCAGCUCUUCCUUUUCCUUCUUUCCAGAGUUUAUUAAUGACAUUGUUUUUAUGGAACCUUUAAGUCUGAAGUGGUAUCUUGAAACCCAAUUAGUUUAGCUAAUUUGCUUUUCAGUUUGCACCCCUGCUAGAACAUCCUAACAGAUUGCAUUUUAUGAUUGUACAAUAAAGCAGUUGUAAAUUUGGGAGAAGAAAAUUUUGAAUGACAGCAGUUAAUGGACUUUUAUGGUUUCUGCCAGAUUGGAUUUCUUAUUUGCAUUUCUCAGAAAACUAGUGCUACUUAUUGCUGAGGAGUAGUUCUUAUUCCCUGUCUAAGAAGAGAAGAGUCUCAAGAUUGCAUUUUUAGUAUGUAAAUUAAUUUUCAAGCACAAGUUACUCUGAUGGAACUAGACCUUUUGCUCUGUCUUCUCUCUCUGCUUUCAUUCAGUGGUUUUGCUGAAUACUUAUUUGCAUGAAAGAGAAAUCUUUCAUAUUGGGAAGACAACAUUUAUGCCACAAUUUAUUCACAGCAGCGAUCUAGGAGCAGAUGUCAUCUUCUUGGCCUCAACUAGCAAAUACACAUUUUUAAGAGUUAAGCAUCUAAAAUAAAUAUCAUGCAAAAAUAUAAUUGCAGUGUUCAGGGAUCAGAAAGACUCCUGCCCUGACAGAAAAUGAAAGGAAAGAUUCUGUGUUUUCUGUAGGUUCAUUAAUUCCUUGUUGACCAUUUACUUAUCCAGCUAUUUAACAUAAUCAUCUUUAAUAUAUUGUUUAUAGGUUACAUAUGGAUGAACCGUACUCUGCAAGCGGGGUGGGUAGUGAAAUGAACUAAUGAUUUAGCCUGAGCAAAAGGUAAUGAUGGAACACACGAAAAUCGAAAGGCAUUUAUACUUUGGUUUCAGAGCCCUUCUGAAAUAUGCACCGUCUGUUGUACAAAUACCUGUUAUUUCGUAGUGAGGUCUGUGUUUGUCUAACUCAAACCUGCCUGUUGUCAAGUGGCCCUUUCACUUCCUAUACUGGUGCUAAAUAGGCUGUUCAGAAGCAUGUUAGUGAUCAGCUGCAGUUCCAUUUUGGACCAAUAUUUGUGUGUGUGUGUGUGUGUGUGUGUGUGUGUGUGUGUGUUUUCUUCUGGAACACUUGCUUAGUUGAUCAUCAAGCCAUGGUGGUUUCCUUUCUGUCUACAAAUGGUAUAGAAUGGGAAAUGGGGCUCAAAUUAGCCUUUUCUGUAUUCAAAACUGAAUUAGUUUCAAAAGGUGUUCUUUUAGAAUCCUUAUUAAGAGCAGGCCCAGUUUCCCCGCCACCACCUCUCUCAGCCCAAACAUUUGAUAAAUGAAAUGAAGACUUUUUGAUGAGUAUGUAACUCCUUCAUAUUAAUAAAUUACAUAAUCAGUUUUUAUUGAUUCACAAUCUUUGAUACUACAUUAAGUGGUGCCCAAAUUUUGACUGUGAUGUUAAGCUGAAGCAACAUUUUUCAUGGUAUUUUGUUCUUUAUAUAUAAUAUAUAAAUAGUAUGUGUGUGUAUAUAUAUCCACUUGUCUGAUAUUUUAUACACAACAUUAUAUAUACUCAUUCUCUAAAAAAAAAUCAGUGAAAUUUUAUACAUAGCUGCAUUUUGCAUUAUUGCUAGUUGCUGUAAUCUUACAAUACAUUUAUGCAGGUUGUAUAUAUGUAUAAAUUCUGAUGUUGAAAUUGUGUAUUUAGUGUACUGGUGACAAUGGGAUCAUCUUUCCCUCUUCUUUUUUCUAGACUAAAACAUUAUUUAUUGCUGAGGUGUGAUCAUAAUUAUGCUGCCAAAGGAACUGACUACAGAUUUCCAUAGGGCCCAGACUCCAUUGACAUCAAUGAGUGCUUAGCUAUUGAUUUGAAUGGACUUCAGAAUGUACUGCAGGCACACACUUAUUUUUAUAUUAAAAGCAAAUCCUUUGCUUUUCACAUGUUAACUAUUUAAGUAGAAAUUCUGACAGUUUGUAAUAAGGGUGGUAUUGUGCUUUGUUUCAUGGGUGUUAAAAUAAGGUACAGUUUCUUCUUGGACAUUUUGUUACCUUAAAUUGUAUACAAAUGUUUUUCCCUAUCUGAAUGUUGCCCAAGGGCAUUUGUCCAAUCCAUAUUGCCACCUGACUCAAGCUGCUGCUGCUGCUGCUGCUGCUGCUGCUGCUGCUGCUGCUGCUGCUUCUUCUUCUUCUUCUUCUUCUUCUUCUUCUUCUUCCUCUUUUUUUAAAAAGGUUAACACAUAAAAUUAACAAUAAGUUCCCCAAGACUUUGGCAUCUAUAUGCAUUCCAGUGUUUCUCCCCCACCCCAAUAAAUAUUUAAAUGGCUAAUCUUCUAAAUCUUUUGCUCUUUAUGUGUUUAUUUGGUUUUCAUUUGUACCCUUUCCAUGCCCUGCAAACAUCUAGCAUAACCUGCUGAAAGAUUGCCAGCUAAGGGAUGGCUAUGUCAUGCUAUAACUGAAGACCUUUCCCUUAUUAUCUAUGCAUCAUUUCUCAAGAUAAGUGUUUUGCAGUGUUUCACAAUGUUAAGCAUAACCAAGUUUUCGUUGCUAUAAACUUAGUUUGUACAAGGCUUGACUGUCUUUCCCUUGGAAUAAUCUUAAUCCUUCCAUAGCAGUAGAUUAAAUUAUUUUGCUCUUGAGCUAACUGGUGAAAGGAAAAGGGAUGAAACGGAGCACUGGAAUUGGUGGAAUGCCUUCCAAAUAUGUACUGUUCAAGAAGUUCCCGUUGUGGUUGCUUGUCCAUGUUCAGACUUACGUUUUCUUCCCAUACCACAAAAUACUUUCUGGGUGUUUUUACACGAUACUAUGUUCAAGCAACCGUCAGUAUUAACAAUUGGAGAUCUGAUCAUAUUAAAUAUCCAUCCAGAUUCUUGUCUACAACAUGUUUGGGCUGACUUGGGCAAAUAAAACUUGUUUAACAAA